AAAGCACUCCAUUUGAGUGAUGAGCUCGGCGGCAAGCUCAACGAGUUCACUGCGAAUAAGUGGGGCAUUGAGUCGUUCUGGCCUACGAGCGGCGACUUUCCCCGCGAGCUGGAGAAAGCCGCGCGCAUCUUGAAGGCCUUUACCCGUAUACUAACACUAGUCCCCGACGCAGACCCCGCCGGGCCUUCUCCCGAGGCGAAAGGGUCCACCGCAGCCCUCCGCAUCCCGCCUUCGCUCAUCGCCCACGCCCGCGGCCUCGCCAUCUACUCGUGCUUCCGCACAGGCUGGGCUCCUGUAGGCGGCGGCAUGGGAUCGGGAGUGGUGGUCGCGCGCCUGGCGGACGGCUCAUGGUCGGCACCCGCGGCGAUCUGCCCGACGGCCGUGGGCGCGGGGAUGCAGAUCGGACUGGACGUGUACAACGCCGUCUUAGUCAUUCGGAGCGAGAAGGCCCUCGCCCAAUUUGGCGGACACCGCGUGGCGCUCGGUGGCGAAAUCUCGGUCGCUGCUGGCCCCUAUGGUGGGGGAAAGGGCGUAGACAAGGGCCUCAGCCUUGACACAGGCCCCGAGGUGUACGCGUACAUGCACAGCCGCGGGGCGUAUUUCGGCCUCGAAGUGGUCGGCACUGUCUUCGUGAGCCGCGCCGACGAGAACGCCGCCAUGUACCACUGGCCUGGAAUCAAGGCGAGCGACAUUCUCGGGGGCAAGGUCCCUGUGCCCGCAGAGGCCUCAAGCUUGAUGCAAACCCUCCGCGCGGCCGAGACGGGCGUGGCGCAG